GAAAAGUGCAUCCUCCAGCCGCCGGUCCCUUAGUUUCUCCUCCGCUCGCAGACAGACAGCGUGACCCCCCCGCUCCAGCAGCAGCAAGAGCACGAGGAGCGGACUGUCUUCACUCGGAGAAACUUUUAACAGCUGGACACUAUGGAGAACAUCUUCUCCGGAGUUCAUCUUUACCCGCGUGCCGCGCUGAAGCCACAGCUCCAGCGGCUCUCUAACACCACUGUGUUUAUUUCGGACCUGUCGCACAUCUGACUCUGUUAAAGCUCCUCACCUCACUGCUUUAUUCAUGAAGGAGCAGAAGUAGCUGCUGAGGAACAGAGCAAAAAUGAACAGGCUACAGGAGAUGAACUUCACCUUUGCGGAAGAUGAGAACUGGACUUUGCCCAACGUGUCCGCAGAGUUUGUCAUACCUCGGAGCAACAUCACCUAUGUUGGAUUUUACCUUCAUCAGCCUUCAGUAGCUGCUAUCUUCAUAGUGUCUUACCUCCUCAUUUUCUUGGUCUGCAUGGUGGGCAAUGGCGUGGUGUGCUUCAUUGUCUUACGGAGCAAGAACAUGCGCACCGUCACCAACCUCUUUAUCCUCAACCUCGCUGUCAGUGACCUCCUCGUUGGGAUAUUUUGCAUGCCCACAACUCUUCUCGACAACAUUAUUACAGGCUGGCCGUUUGGAAGUAUGGUGUGUAAGAUGAGUGGAAUGGUGCAGGGAAUAUCAGUCUCAGCUUCCGUUUUUACCCUGGUGGCUAUUGCUGUUGACAGAUUCAGAUGCAUCGUUUAUCCCUUCAAGCAAAAACUGACGAUAUCGACGGCCACGCUCAUCAUCGUGAUCAUCUGGGUCCUGGCCAUAUCAAUCAUGUGUCCCUCCGGAGUCAUGCUUCAGGUGACCAAAGAGCAAAGCAUCCGCGUGUUCCUCGGGGACGGCAACAGGACCAGUCCUUUCUACUGGUGCAGGGAGAACUGGCCCAACCAGGAGAUGAGGAAGAUCUACACCACGGUUUUAUUCGCCAACAUAUACCUGGCGCCCCUUUCCCUCAUAGUGAUCAUGUACGCCAGGAUCGGGAUUACACUGUUCAAAACUGCCGUGCCGACGGGCGGGAAGCCGGGCAACGACAACCGCCACACUGUAUCCAAGAAGAAACAGCGAGUCAUCAAGAUGCUCCUCAUCGUGGCCUUGCUCUUCAUCUUGUCCUGGUUGCCUCUGUGGACGCUGAUGAUGCUGACGGACUACGCCCGGCUCACCGAGCACCAGUACAGGCUCAUAAACAUCUACAUCUAUCCCUUCGCUCACUGGCUGGCCUUCUUCAACAGCAGCGUCAACCCUAUAAUCUACGGCUUCUUCAACGAGAACUUCCGCCGUGGAUUCCAGGCUAUUUUUAAGUUCAGGCUGUGCACUGCGGGCGGCCACAGGCGCAAGACGUACUCGCACAGGGUGCAGGGGAACGCCGUGCUGCCGGCCAACCUGCAGCCCUCUACCGAGCCCAUCUCCCUCAACAGUGUGGAGAACCACAGCUCCCGGAGGAUAAAUCACGUGAACGAGCAGGAUUUGGUCAUGGAGGACCUGGAAAAGGUAUCGGAGAGCAGUAUAGAUGGAGCUUCUCUCUAAAAGACAGGGGUGAUGGGAUAUUCCAGGCAUUCCAGUCACCACACACAAACACAAGUGGUGGCAGCCAAUUUUCCUAACAAAGUGUUAUAUACUGUAUGUUAUCUGGUGUUUUUGCUGUUUUUCGUGCUGUAUCCAUUUGACAUGUAUUCCUGUUCUUGGGGAGUUAAAUGUGUUUACAGAGAAUGAAUUCACACCCUUGCAAGUGAAGUGUGCAAGCACCUAGCAAGCAAGAACUGUGGUCCAUUACCAGUUCAUUUAUUCAGAUUGGUGAUCUGUGCAAACUUUUGUAAACUUCUGGUUAUAUGGCUCAUUCUGUUCCAGUUAUUCAACCCAAUCCCAUUUCUCAUUUUUUUUGCACCCAUAUCCAUUGACUAGCAGUUUUUGCUUAGUAUAAUUUUUUUUUUGAAGUUAACACUCUUACUUUAAACAUUCUUAGAACAUUAGGAGGCCUUUUGGACACCCUGUGCAAGGUGUGUCAUAAUGCUCAUUGCUAUCUUACAGCCUCUCAAAGGUCUAUGUUCCCGUACUCAAACGAUUUGGUUCACAUCACCCCAGAGACUGUAAAAAAGAUGGACGCCGUGUCGUCGUUCCCACUCAAUCAAUGAAAACGAAGCCAAAAUCUUCCGCCAUGUUGGCGAACCUGAAACCCGAGUCUGUGCAGUAGAGACCAGAGGAGGGAGAAAGACUGUGGAGAGACAGCCUACUCAUUUAAAUAAACCCGCCCCUGAGGGCUGCCUCCACAGAGCUCACACAGUCUAUGUUCCCACCCACUCAGUCAUUGGUCCCACCCCGGAUAGGUGUAACCCAACCCUUUUACAAUAACCACACCUUUCUGAAUAGAGCUGAAUAACGUUUUAAAAACACAAAUUCUGUGGGAAUAUAAAAAAUUGAGUUUACACUAGCUGUUGCAUUUAAAUAAAGGAGGUAGAAUUACAGUAUAUUGGAAAAAAAACGAGAUUGAAAGUUGUCUGUUUUGCCAUUGAAACCUAUGGGGAUGGGUGGAGUUACACAGCUUUUUGCAACCGAACAGCAGGGGGCGCCCGACCUGUGGAGCAUCACACAGUCUAUGCAUCAUCCAGUUCAAAAGGAUUUUUUACACUCUCUGUUAUGAAAUGUACAGACUCACCUUCCUGAAACAUGUUCAAAACUAGGGCUGCAACUAAUGAUUAUUUUGGUAGUUGACUAAUCUGACAAUUAUUUUUUCAAUUAGUCGAUUAGUCAACGAUUAUUUCUGCCAUCUCUAAAAAUGACAGAAACAGCAGAACAUGAGGUUUAAAUGGCAUUUAAAUAUCUGAAUGUUGUUUAAACAUGGAAAUUAAUGAUAUUUAGUUAUGUAAUAUGUAAUCUGUUGUGUUUGGGCACUUUUGGAGACACAAACUAAGUCUCCUAUUCCCUUUUAUCCCCAGCACUGUGUGUAAUGUGGUACUGUUAUAAAAUAACGAUUAGUCGACAAUUAAAUUUGUAGUCGACAAAUUUAAAUAAUCGACACUGUCGAUUAUAUAAACUAAUCGUUUUUAUUAUUAUAAUGUUUUCUCUUAGCUGGACUCUUGUUGGUUUGACUGUCACUAUUCAUACAUUAAACAAAGAUUAUGCAGUGGUUGAUGUCAUUUGAGGCAAAGAAAAUACUUCAUUUGUGGGGUUUUUUGGCUGCACCUGCUGCCAUCGUAUUUGUCUCUAAAAAAUCUCUAUUUGGACUGCAAUGUUCUCCUAACACUUUACCUUAUUCCUCUACUCUCAACAAGAAUCGGGACACGCUACUGUAGAUAUGAACGCACAAAACAGAGGGGUAGGGCUAAGUGCUAGGGAGCAGGGAUGAAAUGGGAUUGGGCCCUAAAUUCAUACUAUGUUUAACAAUAAUUAUUUUUCAAAAGCCCUCAAUGAUGCAAUAAAAGUUGCUAAGCUGUUAAAUUCUCAGCAUUUGCUCCCCAAUUGAAGGAGAUCUGUCCUCAGCUUGGAUGGCUGAACCUCAAGGAAUAUUAGAAAUUAGAGAUCCGUGCAAAUUUCACUGUGAACAAGCAUUACAGUAUCUCAGACAGAUUGUCAGAUGACUACCUUCUUGCUUGCAAGUGGUGUGAAUUCACAUUUUGGUUAUUUAUGAACCCUAGUACAAUCUGGUGUACCUUCCACCCUUUUCAUAUGAUUUGAACUGUCCACUUCCUGUUUACAUGAAUGUAAUUUUUAAAAAGGUUAAAAAGCAGUUUUGGGGUGUAAAAAAUAUUGAUCCAAUACCUUUAUUCAGAAAAACUGAAGUAUGAAUAACACUGAAGCAAGUCAGAGCAUAGUCAAAUCAGGCAAGGGUCCUUCUUCUCUUCAAUUUUUCACAAGGGGAUUUUAUGUAAAUGAUGUAAACCUGUUAUUACAUUGAUUAUCAUACAAUAAAUUAUAAAUUAUGAA